AUGGCUACCAACUCAUCAGACAAUGAAGUGAUUAUGGCCAUGGUGCCGUUUCCUGAGUAUAGCCAUCUCAAUCAACUCUUCGUUCUUGCUCGCUUCAUCGCCUCCCAUAACAUACCAGUACACUUCCUCUGCCUUGCUGAUUGGAACCAAGAUUUUAAACUGCAUGUCCAAGGUGGUCUCGAGGCCUCAAACAUCCAUUUUGAUGACCUAUCCAUACCUUAUUCUACAACAGAAAAAGAUGAUGCUGGCCGCAAUGGUAUGCCUCCAAUUGUAAUGUUUCUGGAAAAACUCAUGGCACCCGUUCAUAAAGCAUGCAUUGAACUCUCCUCCAAUGCGAAGAGAUUAGUCAUAAUUCAUGACACUAUAAUGAGAGAACAUAUAAGAAAUGUACAUUCAUUGAUCCCAAAUGUGGAGUCUUAUCUCUUCCACCCCGUGUCGGCCUUUAGCAAAUAUUCUUCCCUCAAACAAAGUAUUCCUGACAUAGUUGAUGAUGAUCAUGACAAACUGGUCGAGCAAAUGCACGAUGAGUUUCCGUCGAGGGAGAGCUGUAGUGGACCACAUAUAGCAGCUUUCAUUAGAAUGGAACAUGAAUGGCAACUCAACUCUGGAGAAAUCAUGAACACAUGCUGAGAAGUCGAAGGUAAGUACCUAAAUUUACUUGCACAUACAAAAGAUAACAAGCAGUGGUGGGCUAUUGGUCCAUUUCAUAUGUUGCUGCUAGACUCGCACAACUCUAGCAAUAGGACUCGUCACGAAUGCCUAGAAUUUCUCGACAAACAAGACGGUAACUCAGUAAUAUUCAUCUCGUUUGGAAGAACCACUACAUUCUCACAACAGCAAGUCAAUGAGAUAGCGCUUGGUUUAGAACGAAGCAACCAUAAAUUUAUUUGGGUACUAAGAGAAGCAGAUAAAAAAAUGGAAACUGAAAAAUUUGAAGAGAAAGAUGGGAAGAUUGAAUUGCCAAAAGGGUUUGAAGAAAGAAUUGAAGGAAGAGGAAUGGUGGUGAGAAAUUGGGUACCCCAAUUAGAAAUUUUGAGACAUUCAUCCACGGGCGGGUUUUUGAGCCACUGUGGAUGGAAUUCUUGUAUCGAGAGCAUUAGCAUGGGAGUGCCUCUAGCAACAUGGCCAAUCCAGCACGAUCAGCCAUUUAACGCUGUUUUAGUGACCAAUUUGCUGAAGAUUGGAACAUCUGUCAGGAGUUGGACACGUCGAGAAGAAUUAGUAACAGCAUCAACCAUUGAGAAAGUUGUGAAGACAUUGAUGGGCACGACGGAAGGGGAAGAGAUGAGGCAAAGGGCAGUGGAAUUGAGCAAAAAGAUCAAGAGCUCUGUCCGCGAUGGAGGACCUGCACGCAAGGAAAUGGAAUCUUUCAUUGCAAAUAUUAUCAAAUAACUUCCUGCUUGUGUGUGUGUGUGUGUGAUGAUUGUGGGGGGUGUCUGUCUCCUAUGAUAUAGUAUCCUUAAAAUUAGUGAAGGUAGGUUGAAUGUCCUUCCGAUUUGUUCUCUAAGUUCUAUUUCUCCUCCCUUGGAAUAAACUUGAUAGCAAAAGCCAGAAGUCAUAUAUGGCUAAUAUGAGUGUAUCAGAUAUGUUCAAUCUUCAUAUCCUUAUAGUGAAAUUGAACUGUUUUAAGAA